GAGGAAGAAAAACAGCAAAAACGUCUACUCUUCUCUCAUCCUCGCGCUUGCUCUCUCUUCUCUUUUUUGUCUUUCCCUUUCGUCUCUCUAUCUGUCUGUAUCAUUCAUUCGUGUUUAUUUACAAUCGAACCACGAAACGUCUCUUCUUCUCUAUAAAAACCAGAUUUUUCUCAAUCUCAAUCUCUCUCGCUCUCGCUCUCGUUUUCUUUGAUGAACCCUUUUACUUCAUUCUUACUCUUGAUAAAUCCAAAUUCCCGAGAAACCCAUUUCAUUUCCUUCUUCUGUUUCUAGAAAGACCUCUUCUUUUCGAUAAACCGAGAUCCACGAAACCCGCAUUUCCUCUCGCUAAUCUAUUCUAAAUUUCGAUACUUUUUUUUUUUUUUUAUCGGUUUGAAUCUCGAGAAUUCCGAAGAUUCAGAGUCUCCAUAGUCGAAGAGGCUCUUGAGAAUGGAAGCAGAAACGUCUUGGACCAAUUAUCCGUACAGCUACAUUACAUAUGUCCCUGAAGCUGAAUCAUACCGUGAGCAGAGCGACGAUGAAGCCAAAGUCGAAACCUUUUCAAUGGAUUCUCUUCUCCCUGACGAUUUAUUAGAACGAAUCCUCUCGUUUCUACCCAUUGCAAGCAUCUUCAGAGCUGGUACUGUCUGCAAAAGAUGGAACGAGAUUGUAUCUUCUCGGAGGUUCUUAUGUAAUUUCUCCAACAAUUCGGUUUCCCAAAGGCCUUGGUACUUCAUGUUCACUACCACGGAUGAUCCAUCUGGUUAUGCUUAUGACCCCAUUAUCCGCAAAUGGUACAGUUUCGAUCUCCCUUGUAUCGAAACAUCCAAUUGGUUUGUUGCUUCCUCUUGUGGAUUGGUUUGCUUCAUGGACAAUGAUUGCAGAAACAAGAUUUAUGUCUCAAAUCCAAUUACCAAACAAUGGAGGACGCUUAUUGAACCUCCUGGUCACAAAUCGACAGAUUACACGGCAAUGUCUACCUCCGUAAACCGAGCGAACCAAGCAGUAAACCGCGCAAACCGGAGUUACUCAGUCUCGAUAGUGAAAUCGAAGCAAGUUCCAGGGAAUUUCUUCCAAUGGGAUCUCUCUAUUCAUCUCUACAGCUCUGAAACAAUGACUUGGACAACAUUAGUAAACGAUGUCUUAUCCGGAUGGAGAGGAGGGAACGAGAGUGUGAUCUGCAACAAUGUUCUUUACUUCAUGAUAUACUCAACGGGAGGCUCAGAUCAUCGCCACGGCUUGAUCGCUUCGAAUCUAUCCUCGAUAGGAUCACCGUCAAGCGGAAUCUUGAUGAGGAGUUUCAUUCCAAUGCCGUGUUCUUUAACCUGCGGGAGAUUGAUGAAUCUAAGAGAGAGGCUUGUGAUUGUCGGAGGAAUCGGGAAACAUGAUCGACCAGAGGUUAUAAAAGGGAUAGGGAUUUGGGUUUUGAAAGGGAAGGAAUGGGUAGAGAUGGCGAAAAUGCCUCAAAGAUUCUUCCAAGGUUUUGGUGAAUUCGACGAGGUUUUCGCGAGUAGUGGCACGGAUGAUUUGGUUUACAUUCAAAGCUAUGGAUCUCCCGCGCUUCUCACGUUCGACAUGAAUCUCAAGUAUUGGAGAUGGUCUCAGAAAUGUCCUGUUACUAAAAAGUUCCCUCUUCAGCUCUUUACUGGGUUUUGCUUCGAACCAAGACUCGAGAUUGCUCCUUAGUUGCAAUGAAGAAGCAAAUGGGUCUGUGAAAGUCUUGGUCUUUUGGAUUGUUUUUGCACAGAGAAAUCGCCGGCGGCUUUAUGAAGAUGAUGAUACGGUAAUGUUUUUAAAUUUUAGUUACUGGAAAUGUUUUUCAGGAAUAUUGUUAUUUGCAAUUUGGUACUCUGUUAAUUAUAAAUUUAUAAAAUGAGGCCCAGAUACUUUUAUUUGAACAAACGAACCCUUCUCUAUCUCUCAGUGAAAUAUAAGAACAUUUUUCAACAUGUGGCCCACAAUAUCUCAUGUAAAUGGGUCGGAUUCUGAAACUGGAGGUUGUCUUGUUGCUGUUCCUGGUGGAUAAAAAUAAUGAUUUUGUUCCUUUUUUUUCCACAUAUAUUCAUAAUGAUUUUUCAUGUUUUAUUAAUUAAUUAUUGUUGUAAAUUAUUUUAAAGAAUUAUGUUUCUGUACUUGUAUAAAAUUGGGACCUAUUUUCGUGAUGGGAUUUGUCAGGUUUGGCAGUGUUAGGUUUACGGGUAAUGGACAACAGCUAUUUUAUUGUGUAUUUUAUCAUUUUCUCAAGGG